CCCACUUCCGCGCUUUGCGGCCGCGGCCCGGCCUUCUCUCCGCGCUCUCCAAGAUGGCGGUGUCCGGGACCCUGUACACGUACCCCGAGAACUGGCGAGCCUUCAAGGCGCUCAUCGCUGCCCAGUACUCGGGCGCCCGGCUCCGCGUGGCCUCGGCGCCGCCGCAUUUCCACUUCGGCCACACCAACCGCAGCCCGCAGUUCCUGCAGAAAUUCCCGCUGGGAAAGGUUCCAGCGUUCGAGGGGGACGACGGAUUCUGCGUCUUCGAGAGCAACGCCAUCGCCUACUAUGUGAGCACGGAGGAGCUGCGGGGCAGCACGCCCGAGGCGGCCGCCGCCGUGCUGCAGUGGGUGAACUUCGCCGACAGCGACGUCGUGCCCCCGGCCAGCACCUGGGUGUUCCCCACGCUGGGCAUCCUGCACUACAACAAACAGGCGACCGAGGUGGCCAAGGAGGAGGUCCGGAGGGUGCUGGGGGUCCUGGACGGGCACCUGAGGACCAGAACCUUCCUGGUGGGGGAGAGGGUGAGCCUGGCUGACAUCAGCCUGGUGUGCGCCCUGCUCUGGCUCUACAAGCAGGUGCUGGACCCCGCGUUCCGGGGUCCCUUCGGGAACGUGAACCGUUGGUUCCUCACCUGCCUGAACCAGCCCCAGUUCAAGGCCGUGCUGGGAGAGGUGCAGCUGUGCCAGAGGAUGGCGCAGUUCGACGCCAAGAAGUUUGCGGAGAGCCAGGCGCGGAAGGAGAAGGAUCCGCCCCGGAAGGAGAAGGAGAAGGAGAAGGAGCCCCCCCGGAAGGAGAAGCCCCCCAAGAAGGAGGAGAAGCGGCCGGAGCCCGACGAGGACCUGGACGAGUGCGAGCAGGUCCUGGCAGCCGAGCCCAAGGCCAAGGACCCCUUCGCACACCUGCCAAGAAGCCCAUUCGUCCUGGACGAGUUCAAGCGCAAAUACUCCAACGAGGACACGCUGUCGGUGGCGCUGCCGCACUUCUGGGAGCACUUUGACCGCGAGGGCUGGUCGCUGUGGUACUGCCAGUACCGGUACCCCGAGGAGCUGAGCCAGACCUUCAUGAGCUGCAACCUCAUCACAGGGAUGUUCCAGCGCCUGGACAAGCUGCGGAAGAACGCCUUCGCCUCGGUGGCGCUCUUCGGCAGCGACCACGACAGCAGCAUCUCGGGGGUCUGGGUGCUGCGGGGGCAGGAGCUGGCCUUCACGCUGUGCCCGGACUGGCAGGUGGAUUACGAGUCCUACACCUGGCGCAAGCUGGACCCCGACAGCGCCGAGUGCCGGACGCUGGUGACGGAAUAUUUCCUGUGGGAGGGGGAAUUCCGGCACGUGGGAAAACCCUUCAACCAGGGCAAGAUCUUCAAGUGAAUCGGGGCUCGGAUAUCCCGGGAUCUGGGGGCUGAAAUCCCGGGAUUUUGGAGCUGAAAUCACGGGAUUUAGGAGCUGAAAUCCCAGGAUUUUGGAGCUGAAAUCCCGGGAUUUUGGAGUUGAAAUCCCAGGAUUUCAGAGCCCUUCAACCAGGUCAAGGUCUUCAAAUUAAUUUGGGCUGAAAUCCCGGGAUUUUGGAGCUGAAAUCCCAGGAUUUUGGAGCUGAAAUCCCGGGAUUUCAGAGCCCUUCAACCAGGUCAAGAUCUUCAAAUUAAUUUGGGCUCCGGUCCUGGAAUUUUGGGCUGAAAUCCCGGGAUUUCGGUCCCUCUGGCGGUUCUGGUUCUCCGGUCCAGAUCCAAUAAAAAAGCUUCUGACAGGA